AUGGGUUGCGGAGGAGAUCGUGAAAAGGGUCCGCCCGAGCAUACGCAGAAAUGGGACUUCAUCACACUAUCCGACUUCAGGGCCACAUCGAUAUGGACCACGCUGGCAUACAUGUGGCUGUGGACUAUGGCGCUCGUAGCUGUCGCCGUGUACGCUGUCGACACAUUUACAGCCGUCAAUCUUCUUGUUUUCGACAAGUGGAGCUCACAAGUAGAUCCGGCUGUACCCUUCAAAUACAGCAAGUGGAUCUUCGCAGCCUGUAUCCUACUGUCUUGGAUACUGUGCUUCUACGAAUGGAUCCGAGCAAUUCGUGUGAUCAAAAGAGGUGGCGUGGCGGAGAGCUACAUGGAUACCUUGGCUGUGACGUUGCAGAGCAUGCGAGGGUCGGGCUGGGGAAGGUUUCUGGUCUUUACCGAGCUGACGAAGAGCAAGAAAGGAGCCGACUACGUUGCUUUCUUCGUCUACUUUGCUUUCAACGGCGCUGUCCGUGUGAUCCUGGCCGAAGGACCGAGACAGGCUGUCAAUGCCAUGUCGUUAUACGCCGUCUUCAAUGCCGACCUGCUGCAUGGCGACGUGGCAGGCCAGCACUCCAACAUCGAGAAGUUCUUCCUGAAGCUCCAAGCUUUGGCGCAGCAUGAUGAACGACAGGCAAUCAUCCUAUCCUCUAUGUUGUUCACCCUGGUCAUUUGGAUGUUCAGUGCACUUUCCUUGCUCACAGCUUUGGUGCUGUACUUGGUCUUCUUGUGGCACUACAUCCCGCAACGUGAUGGGCGCUUGAGCGUGUACUGCAGACGCAAGAUCGACAGGCGAUUAGAGAAGAUCGUUGAUCACACGGUCAAAGCUGCUAUCGAAGAGGAAGAGCACAAGAGGCGGAAAGCAGAGAAUAAAGCUGAGCUCAAGAGGCAGAAGACGGGCGAGUCUGCGUCGACCACGAGCUUGGCUAGCAAGCCGAAACUGGCUCGACAGCCUACAUUGCCACAACUUGGCGAGAGUCCGGAGCUCAGCAAGGACGACAACAAGCUACCCGAGUUUGCGUUGGCCAGGCAGAAUACUUCGAGCACAGUGUCUACGUUACCGAGAUACGAGAGUCGACCGCCGACACGCAACGGCUCGCAACAGCAACCCACACUACCUACUUUGGAAGAGGACAGACCACAGAUGCCAUCACGCAUACCCACACAGGACUCGACCUGGUCACAUCAAAGCUAUGAGUCUGAUGCUCCACUAUUGUCGAACGCUGGCUAUGCUGGUGGCAAUGGACGUAAUAGUCCUGCGCCCUCCAUGCCUCCUGCUGCCUUCAGUCGGCAAGGCUCCAAUGCAUCGUUCGGUCGUCCAAUGCCAGGUCGAACCAUGACCAACGGCAGCCAGAGCUCACAGAGGCCAUUCUCGCCCAUGUCGAAUACUGGUCCCAUGAACAGACCGCCACCGGGCGCACGUUUCCCUGUCAGGACGAACACCGGGUUCAGCUCGAACGAUGCUCGAUCCGUCAGUCCGAUGACACCACAAGAUGGCUAUGGUAGACCGAUGGGUCCACCAAUGCGACAGAAUACUCACGAUAGCUUUCGUACUGCGCCACUAGACAGACAAGCCAGUCAGGCAUCGUCUUUUGGCCCUCCGUCGCAUAGAAGACCGUCAUACAACGCUCUCGGCAGCCAGCAAGGCUCAUUCAGCAGACUAAUGCAACGGCAGCCAUCGCCACCAAACAGCCAAGCUGGCAGAUCGUACUCACCCGCACCAGGACAGCAAGACCCUUACUCGCAAUCAAACAGUUACGAGAUGACGAGCCAGCCUUCGCAUUCCACACCUUACACAGCGACUGCUGGGCCUAGUCCAGGCGGCUACAGGGCCUUCACUCCCGCCCCAUCUACGGACACCACAUCUCCAAUCGAUCCCGCUCAGCCUCAGCUACUGCAGCCCAAGCGCAAUCUCACAGUCGCUGGAGGACCAGGUGCAGCAGGUAAUUACUUUGGCGACGUUCGAGUGGUACAACAACGUAGUGCUACCGCGCCUCUUGACCCACGGCACACGACUGGUUAUGGCGAUAUCAUCGACAACUACAAUCCAGCCGAUAACUUAUCGCCUCCAACAUCCGCCGCAUCUUCCGACUUUCCCUUCCGCGCCACAACUUCCGGGCCAGGACAAGGCUUAUCAUCGCACCCUCCAUUUCAGCACUCAGCCGCCUUCGCGCAGCGCCACCCCGCAAGCUCAAUUUACUCCAGCUACCGCGACAGCGACCUCCAACGCCCUUCGCUCCCAGACGCACCAAUGCCGGGUUUAACACGCGCGCAGACGGCUUCGCCGAUGGGGAUGCAUCCUAGUGGCGGUCAUGGUGGCGGAGUGACGAGUAGUAUAUACUCUGCCGACGACCGGCCGCGGAUCGAGAGCCAGACGAUACCUGGGCCACCGCUUGUGAGGGCGCAGACAGCGGGGAUUGGAGAGGGGCAUGGCCAGGCGUCGUUCGGUAGGGUUGCUGAUAUGAGGAGCCAGGAGGGAAGGACGAGUAGAUGGGAGAUGGGAAGUGGGAAUCGGUUUUGA